GACACGAAUUAUCUCUGGUAUAUUCUGGGUGCCCCAUUUUUUUUCUGGACGUAUCGGCUCAGCUGUUUGUGACGCAGGGCCAACAGCCGAGCCAGGGCAUACGGCUACGGGCAUUAAGGUGUGGGAAAGCCGUGACAAGUUAUGCCCCUGGUAGGCCAACAAGACGGACACUGAGGGACGUGUACCCCGGAAUUACAACGCGGUGUACCCAUUAGAAACGAUUCUCACGCAGAGCAUUCCAGCGACUUUCCAAAAUCUUUAACGUUACUCCCAUUUUAAGACUGCGAGAAGGCACUCCAUCUGCUUGCUGAAUAUACUUCCAAAAAAGAGUCAGCGAGGGAGAGGGGGGAAGACAUGGUGGAUUACUAUGACAUUCUGGGAGUGUCGCGAAACGCCUCCUCAGAAGACAUCAAAAAGGCGUACAGGAAGCUAGCCCUGCGGUGGCACCCAGACAAAAACCCCGACAACAAGGAGGAGGCAGAGAGAAAGUUCAAGGAGAUUGCUGAGGCCUAUGAAGUUCUCUCUGACACAAGCAAGCGAGAGGCAUAUGGUCACUUUGGCAAAGAUGGCAUGCCCAGUUCAGGCUCCAGUGGUUCCUCCAGCCCAGGAGAUUUCCCAGGGUUCGCCUUCACAUUCCGCAGCCCGGACGAGGUGUUCCGGGAGUUUUUCGGGGGCCAGGACCCGUUUGCCAGUUUCUUCGCAGAUGACUUCCCCUUCGGCGGGAUGCACGGUGGGUUCCAUGGGCACUCUGGCGCCUCGCGACUCGGCCCGAACCGCUUCUUCUCCUUCCCGUCAGCCGGAGUGGACUUCACCACCUUCUCCUCCUCCUCCUCCAUGGGAGGAAUGGAGAGGGGGAUGGGCGGAGGGACGGGGAACUUCAAGUCCGUCUCCACAUCCACACGCUUCAUCAAUGGGAAACGCACCACCACCAAAAAGAUCCGAGAGAACGGUCAGGAGAGAACGGAGAUCGAAGAGGACGGGGUCCUGAAGAGCAUCCUGAUUAAUGGUGUUGAGGACGAGUUGGCGCUCGCCCUGGAGCUGAGUCGACGGGAGCAGCCCAGCCAGGCCACGACGCAUCAGCCCGGACGGCCAGAGCGCCACCUGCUGGAGCAGCCUGGCCUCAGCUCCCGCGGCCAGGCGCAGCGCUCCUUCAGCUCCGCCCCGUUCUACCACUGCCCCGACGGAAGCGAGGAGGAGGAGGAGGAGGACGAAGAGCUGCAGAUGGCGCUGGCCUACAGCCUGUCAGAGCUGGAGGCGCAGCAGCGCGCGGCGGCUGCCGAUGUCAUCUCAGACUCUGACUUCCAGGCUUUCACUGGCUGACUGGCCACCGCAGCCCCUUCAGGCAGACUUCCAGUGCUCUCUCAUUCUCUCAGCCCCUCUCACCUACUGACCCACGCUUUUCAAAGUUUUAUUUGGAAAAAAAGAGGAGAAGGACAAAGCAAUGUGCAGAUGUUCGAGUGUACAAGCUGAGAGCAAGACCGGAUUCCUGCUUACAAUGAUCUAUAACCGAGCGAUACCAGCAGUUUCAUCUCUAAAAAUAACAAAGACUUAAAUAUAGUUGUUUUAUAAAGAA